CACAUGUUGGCAAGGAGGAUUUGACCAUGAGCAGAAUCCUCCUUGUCGUUACUCUACCAAAAAGGGGCUGGACCAACUAACUGAAACAGUAUUUUCUUGAGUCUAACACCUAACAUAUCAACUGUUGCACUGAUGUAGACCUUUACCCUGACCUGGGGUAUCAAUGUCCACCAGCACCAAGUUUUCUGAUGGACUGAUGCAACUAAGCUUUAGGUUUCACUAUUAUGUUCAUCUCAUUUUUUUGUUCAUCAUGCUCUGUUUUCUGCACUAGAUUUUCUUUCGGCAUGUCGAAUUGCUGCGAGUUGUGAAAAGAGCAGGUUAAGAAGAAUAUAAGCAUAGAAGCAACUCAGGGAGUGCCAUUGCUACUCCUGUGAGGAUCUCAGCAUUGCAAGAUGGCGACUGAGAAGAAAAUAAUCAGUCUUACUGUCAAGGUUGGAUUGGUGCUGUUUGCACUAUGCAUUCUUGCGCCGGUUUCGCUCAUGGUGCUGUUCAGGCAUGCAGUUCCUCUGCAGACAUUGAGGUUGCUGUUUUCAGCUGGUUCAGCAUCUUUGGUGGCUUGGGAAGAAGUAAAGAUGUACUCUGCAAACAAAGGAGCGUUUCUGUGUGAGUGUGACAUGUCGAGCCUAAGAUCAGAUGUAUGCGAGCUGAGGGGCGAUGUCCGGGUAAUCCUCUCAAACAUCACCAUCAUUGCCCUCCUCCACCCCAAUGUCUCUGUGAGGCGCCGGUCAUGGAGGAUGAAGCCGCACGCGAGGAAGAAUGAUGGCCAUGCGCUCGCCAAUGUCACAGAGGUGUUGGUGUCGGUCACCCCUUCAUCACCUUACGCUCCGGGAUGCACGGCUGAGAGUGCCGCCCCAGCGGUGGUCUUCUCGGUCGGCGGCUACGCAGGCAACAUGUUCCAUGACUUCACCGACGUACUCAUCCCGCUCUUCAUCACUGCCAGCCGGUUCCGCAGCGACGUGCACCUCCUUGUCAGCAACGCCCCGCCGUGGUGGCUUGACAAGUACGGACCGCUGCUCCGGGGGCUCUCCCGCCACGCCGUCAUUGACAUGGACAGGCAAAGCGAAGAAGUGCUCUGCUACCCUCAUGUGGUCGUCGGCCUCAGCUUCCACAAGGAGAUGAGUAUCGACACCGUGAAGACUGUCGGUGGGCACUACUCCAUGGCAGACUUUGCCCGCCUUGCCCGGAGAUCCUAUGGCCUCGAGAGAGAUACCGCCAUCCGGCUGCUACACGGCGGUGACAAUAUCAAGAGCCCGCGGCGCCCCAGGCUGCUCAUCAUUUCCCGGAAGACAACCAGGGCGUUCACCAACAUGGGCGCUGUUGCACAGGCGGCAGCCAUGCUUGGCUACGAGGUGAUCGUCGGCGAGGCGGAGCAGCACUCGGACCUUCCCGCCUUUGCGCGGCUGGUGAACUCGUGCGGCGUGCUGGUGGGCGUUCACGGUGCUGGGCUCACCAACCUGGUGUUCCUCCCGCCGGGGGCUGUGGUGGUGCAGGUGGUGCCGCUGGGCGGGCUGGAGGCCAUGGCGGGGGACGACUUCGGUGUGCCGGCUGGCGACAUGGGGCUCGGUUAUGUGCAGUACGGCAUCGCUGUCGGGGAGAGCACACUGGCGGAGCUGUACCCACGUGACCACCGUGUGCUGAGGGCCCUGGCGCUCCGGUCGGAGUACCUGGUCGGCCAGAACGUCACGCUUGAUGUCGCUCGGUUCAGUGGCGCCUUGUCCCGUGCUCUGGAGCUUCUUCACCGUUAGAAGGCACUCCACAGGGCGUAGAUUGUUUACAAGAUAAUUAGUCAAGUGUUUUACUACUGCAGUAAAAUAAAGGGUCUGGCUAAAUCAUGUGUGAGCUGUUGGAUCGCUGUCACACGGUGAGAAGACAAAUUCGAAGGCUAAUCUAGUGAUUAAAUUCUCUCACUCAACUAAGGAUUAGCAAUUCCAUAAGAGGAAGUGAAACGGAACACAAAUUGGAACAACCAAGGUUGAAUCACAUAUCUCUCCAGAUUUUACUAUUGUGUCAAUUUGAAUUAUUUUUUGUGCA